AUGUCCAAGCCCGGCAGGUUUAGCGCCCUUGCGGCUUGGUACGACAAAAUGGCGGCCUUCAACAUCGAGACCCUCUUCGUGAAGAAGAGGUCGCCAGGACCGAAGCGGACGAUUUUUAUCAACGAGGCUCUACCGGAGGACUAUUAUGACAAGAAGGGGCGGAUAAAGAAGGAGCAUGUCUAUACGUCGAACCAGGUCAUCACUUCGAAGUAUAACGUUGUUACCUUUCUACCACGGAAUCUGCUUGAGCAGUUCAGACGGGUAGCGAACGUUUUCUUCCUUGGAAUCGCUAUUCUACAAUUUUUCCCCAAAUUCUCCACCAUUUCCCCCGGCCUCGUUAUUCUCCCACUUCUUAUCGUUCUCGGGAUUACCGCUCUAAAGGAUGCCUACGAGGAUAUCAAACGCCACCAAUCUGAUAACCGCGUCAACUACGGCACGGUCCGCGUUCUCGCUGGAGGCAAUUGGAUCAAUACUAACGUCACCGGCGACAAGAGUCGUGACCUCACGCACCAUGUAAACCGUUACCUUAUCCCCGAGAGGUUUAGAAAAUCGAAAGAGCCCGCUCCACUUGCGGAAAAGGUCGAAGGAAAGGAAAGCCUUGAGACCUCAGCUCCGGUUUCGCCAGUUUUGCCGCCUCCUGAUAUCGAGUUUGAUGACGGCACUGAUCGCCCUCACCACCAUCACCAUCUCUUCGGCCAUCAUGAUCACACUAAUCCUCAUUGGAAGAAGGCGCUCUGGGAGGAUGUUUGUGUUGGUGACUUCGUGAAAAUCUUGGACAACGAGUCUUUACCCGCCGACAUUCUUAUAUGCGCAACGUCCGAGGAUGAGAAUGUCGCAUUUGUAGAGACGAAGAACUUGGAUGGAGAAACCAAUCUCAAAUCGCGAAAUGCCGUUCCUACAUUGACGCAUUUGGCGAACGCCAAAGCGUGCGCGGAGAGCAAGUUUACCGUCGAUUUGGACCGCCCGGACAACAAUAUGUUCCGUCUAAAUUCCACAAUAAGGGCAAACGGUGAACAGGCUCCGGCGGAUAUUCAGAUGACGUUGUUGAGAGGAACGGUACUGAGGAAUACUGGCUGGGUUAUCGGUCUUGUUAUAUUUACAGGCGAGGAUACCAAAAUCGUGCAGAACUCGGGUGGAACGCCUAGCAAGAGGAGCAAGGUCGAAAGGCAAAUGAACCCUCAAGUGUUUAUAAAUUUAAUAAUACUCGCAUGCAUGGCGGUUGCCUGUGCCAUCGCUGAUUCUAUCUUGGAGCAUCGACAGUAUCCUCAAGGCGCGCCAUGGCUCUAUGGUGACAACCAAAAUGACGAUAAUCCUUCUAUCAAUGGUCUCGUCACUUGGGCUUUCGCUCUCAUUACGUUCCAAAACAUCGUACCCAUUUCACUGUACAUUUCCAUUGAAUUCGUUAGGACGUGCCAAGCUGCCUUCAUAUACUUCGACUACGAGAUCUGGUACCCAAAGACAAACCAAGCCACUCUCGCUCGGUCUUGGAACUUAUCUGAUGAUCUUGGACAAAUUGAAUACAUAUUUUCGGAUAAGACUGGUACUUUGACUCAGAACGCUAUGAUAUUCCGACAGUGUUCGAUCGGCGGUAAAGUGUACGUUGGCGAUAUCGAGGAAGCACCUCCAGCCGCAUCUCAGGCAGCCAUCUCGGCAGAUGACCAUGCCGCCAGCGCCAGUGCUGAAGGAUCCUCAGCGACUGCUACCGAGCCGACCCCCGCGCAAGCCAAGGCCGUAGAAACACACUUCCACUGCGAAGCACUCGAGAAGGACAUCGCUGCUGCCCUGCAGUCGAGCUCGACGUCGGAGAAUGCUGCUCAUGCGCGGACUUUGAAUGGCUUUUUCACGGUUCUAGCGUUGUGUCAUACCGUUCUUACCUCCAUCGAUCACGACACCGGAAAGAUCGAAUACAAGGCACAAAGUCCGGAUGAAGCGGCACUGGUACGUGCGGCGGCGGAAGUAGGAUAUGUCUUCCGUGGCCGCGAUCGGGAGGUCUUGACCUUGCAAACGCCCUUGUCCACCGGCCCCGACGACGUCGAACGCUAUGAGCUUCUCAACAUUUUGGAGUUUACCAGUGCCAGGAAGAGGAUGAGCGUUGUGCUGAGGAAGCUGGAUGAUGCAGACGGCAGAUUGUUCCUGCUGUCGAAGGGUGCAGACAACGUUAUUUUUGAGCGACUACGGAAAACCGGAGAUGAAGGAUUACGAGAGUUGACUGAAAUGCAUCUGAGUGAAUUUGCCAACGGAGGAUUGAGGACACUGACCCUCGCAUAUAAAGUCAUUGACAAGGACGAAUACGCUGCUUGGAGCGAGCGUUACCAUGAAGCCACUGUGGCGCUCGAUAACCGGGAGGCGCGCAUAGAAAUCGUUUCUGACGAGCUGGAACAUGAUUUGCGAUUACUGGGUGCCACAGCUAUCGAAGAUAGUCUGCAGGACGGAGUACCGGAAACUAUUGCUGAUCUUAAACGCGCUGGUAUCAAGGUAUGGGUGGCGACUGGCGACAAGCUAGAAACGGCUAUUGCCAUCGGACACAGUACCAACCUGAUCGGUCGAGAGUCUAACAUCAUCGUUAUCAGGGGCGGAAAUAAUCGUUCGCGGCCAGUUUAUGAGCAGAUGCUUCACGCAGUCGAGGAGUUCUUCCCCGAAAGUGGUAUUCUCGAUGAAGACGAACCCUUCGUGAAAGAGCUAAAGUUGGCAUCUGUCUCUUCUAGGGACGACAAUGCGUUGCGGAGGAUCGAGACGGGAAUCUCUUCGAUUGUAGGACCAAACAACGGCGAUCGACCUGGUGGAUUCAUUCUGGUCAUUGACGGCGCGGCGCUGGAUCAUGCAAGUAUCGGGUCUUCUUUCUAUGCUUUGGGUGAUGAAGAGCACAAAAGCUUAUUGCUAAGACUUGCAAUGCUUUGUGAAGGUGUGAUCUGCUGUCGUGUGUCCCCUUUGCAGAAAGCCUUGGUUGUCAGGCUGGUUAAGGAUGGUCUUGGUGCUAUGACUUUGGCUAUUGGAGAUGGGGCAAAUGACGUUAGCAUGAUUCAGGCCGCUGACGUUGGUGUCGGUAUUUCUGGUGAAGAAGGGCUGCAGGCAGUGAACUCAUCGGACUAUGCUAUAGCACAGUUCCGAUUCCUCAAACGGUUGCUUUUUGUUCAUGGGCAUUGGUCAUACGCUCGCAAUGGAAACAUGAUUCUAAAUUUCUUCUACAAGAACAUUGUUUGUAUUGGUGUCCUUUGGUGGUUCCAAAUUUAUUGUGGUUGGAGUUCCAACUAUGUAUUUGAAUACACAUAUCUCCUAUUCUGGAAUUCCUUCUGGACUAUUGCGCCUGUUAUUGCCAUCGGUCUUUUUGAUAGAUUAAUAGAUGCGGACGUCUUAAUGGCUAUCCCCGAGCUGUAUCGUUAUGGCCGUGAAGGCAAAUGGUUUGGCCUUAAGUGGUUUACCGUCUAUAUGUUCGAUGGUGUUUAUCAGUCUGCUAUUAUAUUUUUCCUUAUUCUUUACGGCUACUUUUCUCCCACUUCAAGAGCUGAUGGCUACGACCAAUAUCUUCUGGAACAAUGGUGUUCUCCGCCUGUCAUUGUUGCUAACCUUUUCAAUGGGUUGAAUACCAAUGUCUGGACCGGCUGGGUAUUCUUCGCUGUCUUUAUCGGUAUUAUUCUCGUAUGGCUAUACACAGUCGUCUAUAAUGCCAUCUCCCCUGGAUGGUUCGUAACCCUUGUCUAUGGCAACAACAUAUAUCUGUUCAGAUCUGCACUCUUUUGGCUCUCCCUUCCAAUUACCGUGUGCGUUUCGUUGGCGCCGAGAUACAUAGCCAAGGCAUGGAAGUUCGGCUUUGCACCUGACGACGUUGACAUUCUGCGGUACAUACGAAAGGUCGACCCUGGCCGUGAUUUGCGCAGUACGCAUCAUGAGGAGGGUAUUGGCCUAAAAGCCAUGAAGAGACCAGUUGAUGGAGAUGACGCGCUUUCAAGACGGACAUCUCGGUCGAGCUAUGCCUCCAUGGUUGCUGGACCGUCGAGGCCUGGAUUGCAUUCGGCCGUGGAUAUUCGGUCUGCUAGUCGAACAGAUAUGUCGACCGGCAUACGGUCAGUGCACCGUGGAUUUGACUUUGCUACUGAGGAAGGAGGAGUGGCUAUGAGCAGGAUGCAAAGCCAUUUGUCGGAGAGGAGGACGAGUAGUCGCAAUCUUACCGAAUUUUCUCGGACGACUGGUCGACACAAGUCGGGCAAGAAGAGCGCCGACGGGAAGAGAAGUUCUGAUGGUCCACAUCACGGUUUCUCAAUACGGAGAGGGCUACGAAAGCUUAGGCCUACAUCUGGUUCAGAAAACCCGUCAUAG